AUGGAUACCGAUUUUAGGACAAUGAAAUUAUUAAAUAACACUCUCAUUAAUUAUAAUAUUUUCGGAAUACAUCAACGGUACUUUUCUCGGAAUUCUAGGAAGAGGGUCACUACUACUUAUUCUGGGUUAACUGAUGAGGAGAUAAACGCUAAAAUCAGGGAACUUCAAAUGCUCAAGUCGAACAAUAUUCAAACAAUUCAACGUACUUCAGUUUGGAGUCGAAUAUUUGACGGAAUUCUUCACGGAAUUGGAUGGUCUUUUGCUGGUAGGAUCGUAGAUUCUAUUUUUGGCCCAAGAUCGUUAAAUAUCACACCAAACCAGCCUGAUAACACUCCUUUGGACCACCAAAACACCGCCGCAAACUCAGAAGGAUUUUCUAGCAAUAUUUCUGAUAACUUAUCUGACAAUUUUACCGACAACUCGGAGUCUGGAGGCCAGGGCUGGAGCUGGAUUGCUGAGAAACUACUUGACGAUGAAUAA